UGAAACCAUGUCCGGGCAGCGCCGGGGGCCGCCGCCGCCGCCGCCGCGAGCCGGGAGCCGCGAUGGCCCCGUGGCCCGCACCUCCUCCGCCUCCGCCUCCGCCUCCACCUCUCGCCACGCCGCCGCCGCCCGGCGCCUCUGCUAAGGGGCCGCCGGCGCGCAAGCUGCUUUUUAUGUGCACCUUGUCCCUGUCCGUCACCUACCUGUGCUACAGUCUCCUGGGCGGCUCGGGCUCCCUGCAGUUCCCCCUGGCGCUGCAGGAGCCGCCGGGCGCCGCCGCCGAGCCCCCGCCGAGCCCGCCGCCACCCUCUCUGCCGCCUCCCCCCGUGCGCCUCGGCGCCCCCUCGCAGCCGCCCGCGCCUCCGCCGCCGGACAACGCGAGCCGCGGGGAGCCGCCCGAGCCCCCCGAGCAGCCCGCCGCCCCCGGGGCCGACGGCUGGGGGCUGGCGAGUGGCGGAGGGGGCGCCCGGGACGCCUGGCUCCGGACCCCGCUGGCCCCGGGCGAGAUGAUCACGGCGCAGAGCGCGCUGCUGGAGAGGGAAGCGCAGGAGUCCAGCACCACCGACGAGGAGCUCGCAGGCCGGAGAGCGGCCAACGGGAGCAGCGAGAGGGGCGGCGCCGCCAGCACCCCGGACUAUGGGGAGAAGAAGCUGCCACAGGCGCUUAUCAUCGGGGUCAAGAAAGGAGGGACCCGCGCGCUGCUGGAGGCCAUCCGAGUCCACCCGGACGUGCGGGCGGUGGGCGUAGAGCCGCACUUCUUCGAUAGGAACUACGAAAAGGGGCUGGAGUGGUACAGAAAUGUGAUGCCUAAGACUCUGGACGGGCAGGUAACCAUGGAGAAGACACCAAGUUACUUUGUGACCAACGAGGCCCCCAAGCGCAUCCACGCCAUGGCCAAGGACAUCAAACUGAUUGUGGUGGUGAGGAACCCCGUGACCAGGGCCAUCUCGGACUACACCCAGACGCUGUCAAAGAAACCCGAGAUCCCCACCUUCGAGGUGCUGGCCUUCAAAAACCGGACCCUAGGGCUGAUCGACGCCUCUUGGAGUGCCAUUCGGAUAGGGAUCUACGCUCUGCACCUGGAAAACUGGCUCCAGUAUUUCCCUCUCUCCCAAAUCCUCUUUGUCAGCGGAGAGCGACUCAUAGUGGACCCUGCCGGGGAGAUGGCCAAAGUCCAGGAUUUUCUAGGCCUCAAGCGUGUCGUGACUGAAAAACAUUUCUAUUUCAACAAAACCAAGGGGUUCCCUUGUCUAAAGAAGCCAGAGGACAGCAGUGCCCCAAGAUGCUUAGGCAAGAGCAAAGGUCGGACUCAUCCGCGCAUCGACCCCGAUGUGAUCCACAGACUGCAGAAAUUCUACAAACCCUUCAACAUGAUGUUUUACCAAAUGACUGGUCAAGAUUUCCAGUGGGAACGGGAAGAGGGUGACAAAUGAGGUUAGAGAAGCAGAGGGAAGGCUAGCGAGUAGUCAAGGAGGCUUCUUCCCUGAGUCCUGAAAUCCCCCCACUGGGGUCUGUAGCCUCAGCCUCACUGGAGUGCCAAGUAGAUCC